AUGGGAGCCGGGGCCAGCGCCGAGGAGAAGCAUUCCCGAGAGCUGGAGAAAAAGCUCAAGGAAGACGCCGAGAAGGAUGCCAGGACCGUCAAGCUGCUGCUGCUGGGAGCUGGGGAGUCGGGGAAGAGCACCAUCGUCAAGCAGAUGAAGAUCAUCCACCAGGACGGUUACUCGCUGGAGGAAUGCCUGGAGUUCAUCGCCAUCAUCUACAGCAACACGCUGCAGUCCAUGCUGGCCAUCGUGCGGGCCAUGGGCACCCUCAACAUCCAGUAUGGGGACACAGCUCGCCAGGAUGACGCCCGUAAGCUGCUGCACCUCUCAGACACCAUCGAGGAGGGCACCAUGCCCAAAGAGAUGUCAGAAAUCAUUGGGCGGCUCUGGAAGGACUCAGGCAUCCAAGCCUGCUUCGACCGCGCCUCCGAGUACCAGCUCAAUGACUCUGCGGGCUACUACCUGUCGGACCUGGAGCGCCUGGUGACCCCCGGCUACGUCCCCACAGAGCAGGACGUGCUGCGUUCCCGUGUCAAGACAACCGGCAUCAUUGAGACCCAGUUCUCCUUCAAAGACCUCAACUUCAGGAUGUUYGAUGUGGGCGGACAGCGCUCAGAGMGGAAGAAAUGGAUCCACUGCUUCGAGGGGGUGACCUGCAUCAUCUUCAUCGCGGCCCUCAGCGCCUACGACAUGGUCCUGGUGGAGGAUGAUGAAGUGAACCGCAUGCACGAGAGCCUGCACCUCUUCAACAGCAUCUGCAACCACCGCUAUUUCGCCACCACCUCCAUCGUCCUCUUCCUCAACAAGAAGGACGUCUUCCUGGAGAAGAUCAAGAAGGCCCAUCUCAGCAUCUGCUUCCCCGACUAUGACGGCCCCAACACCUACGACGACGCGGGCAACUACAUCAAGCUGCAGUUCCUGGAGCUGAACAUGCGGCGGGACGUGAAGGAAAUCUACUCCCACAUGACCUGCGCCACCGAUACCGAGAACGUCAAGUUCGUCUUCGAUGCCGUCACUGACAUCAUCAUCAAGGAGAACCUCAAGGACUGCGGGCUGUUCUGA